CUCAACCAUCCAGCAUCUCUAAAGCUUGCUUGUUCGUCACAUCACACAUACAAUGGCUUCAACUUCUGCAGCUCUUAACGGCACCUUUUUGGUCGCUGCUGCGUUCCUCGUGCUGCUCCAUUCAUCAAUGGGGCGGCAGCCAGGGCCUCCGCACCAUUGCCCUGAUGAUAACGCGGGGCAGCAUCCAGCAGCGCCUGCGCAGCAUUGCCGUGAUGAUAACCCGGAGGAGCAGCCAGCGCCGACCCCAGCACCAACGCCGGCGCCGACGCCAAUGCCAACACUAGCACCGGCUCCAGCGGCCGACUGCUCUCUUAACUGCAGCAUGCAAUGUGGUCCGCAGUGCGAAGUCAAUAGGACCGCUGGUCUCGCAAAGUGCCAUACCGACUAUGUCUCCAACUGGAACGGGUGCUAUGACAGCUGCACUUCUAGUAUCUGCCCUGACAAGUCCGCCUGUGUCAAUAGUGGCUGCGUCUUCGCUAACUGCGCUUGCGAUCACACCAAUGCCAGUAGUUGCUGCCAAUGGUGCGGUCAAGCUCUUCUCAACACAUACUUUAACUGCGUGAAUUUUGAGGACAGGUAUGUGCCGUACUGCAUCAACAACUGCACGAACGACUGCAACAAGAACUGUACCCAGGGCUGAGUAUGUAUGGCGUAAGGUGCGCCGCUUGCGCCAACGUACGUGUGAGGCUCGGAAGUUGCAUCUUUUUAUGUAUGUUGUAGUUUCCUGUUCCAACAGUUUUGUUUCCGUUGUGUCUGGAUGUUACUGUAUACAUUUUACAGUGAUUUGUAUUCAGUUAUAAGCCCUAGAUCGAAAGAAACAA